CCCAUGGUCCAUGGAGGCCGACUCCCUCCUACCACCACACAACACCCCCCAAGUCCCGAGUCCUGAGAAGAAUCGCGAAAAAGAAAAGGAAAAGCGGCGCUGCCGAGAGCGGAGAGCCCGAGCCCAGUAUAUAUACGGGCGGCGCCGAGGAGCCGAGGAGAGUAGUAGUGGUAGACCACGCCCAUCCCGCAUCUCUGCCUGCGAUCCGCUCUUGUAGGCUGCCCCCAUCCGCUCCUUCCUCCCACUGCUUCUUCGGUUCCGGCGGCGGCGGCGGCAGAGAUGGCGUCGGGGGCCAAGGACGUGGGCAUCCUCGCCAUGGACAUCUACUUCCCGCCCACCUGCGUGCUCCAGGAAGAGUUGGAAACUCAUGAUGGCGUGAGCAAAGGGAAAUACACCAUUGGGCUUGGGCAGGAUAGCAUGGCAUUUUGCACUGAAGUUGAGGAUGUUAUUUCAAUGAGCUUGACAGUGGUGAAGUCCCUCCUGAAAAAUUAUAACAUUGACCCGAAGUGCAUUGGACGUUUGGAAGUUGGCAGUGAAACAGUAAUAGACAAGAGCAAGUCUAUAAAGACAUGGCUGAUGCAAAUUUUUGAGGAAUAUGGCAACACUGAUAUUGAAGGAGUUGACUCCUCAAAUGCAUGCUAUGGUGGAACAGCUGCGUUGUUUAAUUGUGUUAACUGGGUUGAAAGCAACUCAUGGGACGGGCGUUAUGGACUUGUUGUUUGCACAGACAGUGCGGUUUACGCUGAAGGUCCGGCUCGUCCUACUGGUGGUGCAGCUGCUAUUGCAAUGUUGAUUGGACCAAACGCUCCUAUUUGUUUUGAAAGCAAAUAUAGGGGAUCUCAUAUGGCCCAUGCAUAUGACUUUUACAAGCCUGAUCUUGCUAGUGAAUAUCCGGUGGUUGAUGGAAAGUUAUCACAGACAUGCUACCUUAUGGCAUUGGAUUCCUGCUAUAAUGUAUUUUGUAAAAAGUAUGAAAAGCAUGAGAGAAAGCAAUUUUCAAUUUUUGAUGCAGAUUAUGUUGUAUUCCAUUCUCCAUACAACAAGCUUGUACAGAAAAGCUUUGCUCGUUUGUGCUACAACGAUUUCUUGAGAAACUGCAGCACGGUUGAUGAAGAGUCUAGGGGAAAAUUGGCACCCUAUGCUGGUUUGUCAUCUGAGGAAAGCUACCAGAGUCGAGACCUUGAAAAGGCAUCCCAGCAAGUUGCGAAGAAACUGUACGAGUCCAAGGUUCAACCAACAACAUUGAUCCCAAAACAAGUUGGGAAUAUGUAUACAGCAUCACUCUAUGCCGCUUUUGCUUCAGUUAUCUAUAAUAGACAUGAAACUCUGGCAGGCCAGAGGAUUGUUAUGUUUUCAUAUGGAAGUGGCUUGACAUCAACAAUGUUCUCUUUCAAAAUUAAUGAAGGCCAGCAUCCAUUCAGUCUGCUAAACAUUGCAAACAUACUGGAUGUUUCCGAGAAACUGGUGGCAAGACAUGUGGUUCCCCCGAAGAAAUUUGUCGAGACACUGAAAUUGAUGGAGCACCGCUAUGGGGCGAAAGAUUUCGUGACCAGUCAGGACACAAGUUUGCUUCCUGCAGGCACAUAUUUUCUCACCCACGUCGACUCCAUGUACCGAAGGUUCUACGCCGUGAAAGACGACGGUGUCACCACUGCAGUGUCCAAUGGCCACUGAUUUGUCUUCAGCUUGAAGCUGCAGCAAGUCAAAAACAGAGGCAGGUGUAUUAAGCAUGCGAGUUUUCUUAGAUUAUCUGUUAGGAGGGGAAGCUGGAGGCUGGAGCUUAGAUCAAUCUCCAGUCCUAAGGUUGUAAAGUUAGUUGGAGCUACGCGAUUGUUGUAAUGGUUGCUUAGUAAAAAUGCUUGCUUAGCAGGAAUCGCAGUGCCUGCGAAAUUCAGAUAAAGCACACUGCUGGUAUGUAAGAAUUCUGAAUAAUCUGCCGAUGAACUGUUGGAGCAAGUUAUGCUGUUGAAAUGGAUGAUUACCUGUACUAAUACGUAAUACA